GCGCAAAGAAUCCAGACGACAACCUCUUACACACGUUCAGUGCUGCUGUAGCCACCACUGGGUCGUUUAUUGAUUAUUAUUUCGCAGGUUUAUAAGUUUUGAGAUUUCUUAUCAUGUCUGGUAUUGAUGAAGUGAAGUCGGCGGGUAAUGUUCCGACAGACAUAAUGGUGGGCUUCAUAGGGGCGGGGCGGAUGGCCCAGGCUCUCGCUAGCGGCUUUAUCGCCUCAGGACUGGUUCGAGCAGGCAACAUCAGAGCAAGUGAUCCUGACCCGAAGUCUCUCAACUGUAUCAAGGAGCUCGGUGUAAAUGUGACACAGGACAACAAGGAAAUUGUCACUCGCAGCAGUUUGGUUGUCAUCGCUGUGAAGCCGCAAGUAGUUGAACCUGUGUUACAAGAAGUCUUCUCCGCUGUGUCUUCAAACAACCUUUUUAUGUCCAUAGCAAGUGGAAUCUCAAUAUCUACCAUAGAGCAGAAUCUGCCAAAAGGAACCCGAGUUCUGCGUGUGAUGCCCAACACACCUUCCUUGGUGAGGGCUGGGGCAGCGGUGGUGUCUCGGGGGUCGGCGGUGGAGGAGGGGGACACGUCACUGGUGACAUCACUGAUGAACAGUGUUGGACUGUGCGAGGAGAGCCAGGAGAUGCUGCUUGAUGUGGUGACAGGAGUCAGUGGCAGUGGUCCAGCAUAUGCAUUUGCAGCAAUAGAGGCUCUGUCAGACGGAGGGGUGAAGAUGGGGCUCCCCAGAGACCUGGCCAUGAAACUCGCAGCACAGACCAUGUUGGGAGCAGCCAAGAUGGUUCUCGAGUCUGGAAAACAUCCAGGUCAACUGAAAGAUGAAGUUUGCUCCCCAGGGGGCACCACCAUUGCUGCCAUGCAUAAACUAGAGAAAGCAGGGUUCAGGGGGGCCUUGAUUGAUGCGGUGGAAGCCGCGACACUACGAGCAAGGGAGCUAGGACAGAAGAAGUGAAACUGUACAUAAAGUUUUUAACAGAUUCAGCAUUGUUAUUCAAUAGUGGGUCUAGUCUAAUACUACCUGAGCAAGACCAAAUCCUGACACUAUGCACUUUGUAAAAUAACAUGGACUAAGGGCUAUAACUCUGAAUGCUCAAAAUCUUAAAACAUGUUUCUUUGUUGUUUAAUGACGCACUCAGCAAUAUUCCAGCUAAAUGGCGGCGGUCUGUAAAUAAUCAAAUCUGGCACAGACGGUCCAGUGAUUGACAUCAUGAGCAUCAAUCCACAUACCGGUAAUUAAGACAUGACGACUUGCAUCAAACAAGUCAGCAGGCCUGACCACCCGAGUUGCCUCUUUCGACAAGCAUGGGUUGCCUGUUACCGAUCCUCUACCCGGAUCAUAAUGGCUCCUGCAUUAGGUAUUGCUUUUUUCUUGAUGAGACUUAUUGGCUGGUGCUGUAUUGUCUAAGGGUUGAAGUUUCUAGAACUGUUAUAAUACAUCUUUUCGAGGCAAGAGUGUCCACUAGCCUUUUCAUCAGUCUUGUUUCCACCGAUGUGACAUCAAGCUCACUUUCCUGUGCUAAAUAUGGUUGGACUUUCACACUUAUCCAUAGUCCUAUUAGAGAACGUUUAAAAAAAUGUACAUCCAUGACUGAUACACCUUCGUGUGACUUACCGCUGUCUGUCUGUUGACACGAAUGUCUAUUACAUUUUUUAAAUCCCCCAACAAUUGCCUAGGUUUUUGUGUCAGGGAUGAAAUUGCAAAUGUUUUCGUUAUCUGAUCGACUAGGCCGUAGCCUGCUAUAUUAUUCGCCAUCUUUGAAGCUAUACGAGAUAAGAACAGCGACCUGAUUAGAUAUCGUUUUUUUUGGUAUAAGGGGCCAAAAAUGUGUCCUUGAUGUGGCAAGGGUAUAAACUAGGCUUUCAUAUGGGCUAGUAGACAAGCUUGCCUCCGGAAGAUGGUUAGAACAUGGAACUAGCCAGUGUGGAAAUGUAUCACCAGUGUGGAUAUCAUCUUCACAUGUAUGUCUGUGAGAAAUGUAUGGCAAGUGAUGCUCAUGCACAUUCACAAAGUUUAAUAUCUAUGACCAAGUGAAGAAUGAAUGUGAUAUUAAUAAAAUACAUUGAAACAAAGUUAUGCGUGGUAUCGUUUGAAAAACAGAAGAAUACAGAAGACAAAACAGCAACAGGAGGUGUUUGUAUAACAUGCAAAAUCAGAAACCACCCCAGGCCCACGUUGUCUUUAAUGCCCUUAAUUGUCCCACCAAAAACAUGCAUCAUGAACCAUUUUGACCUCACCAAUAUCUAUCUAUAUACACAUAUGAUCCUUAAUGUCGUCAAAUGCAGAACUACUCCGUCCUGUUCCUCCCGCAAGUUACGAGCACUUCUGGUUUGGCAAUAGACACCCAAUACAUUACAACCUUGAAACAAAGUGCUAUCCCUCUCGUUACCCAACAAAAGAUGUCAUAAGCAUAUGUAAAGUUAUGCUAUGAUACUGUAAAGAGUCAGAAUUAAAUGUUUGAACUUUGAAUGUCUUUCAAUGUGUGACUGACCUUGACAUUUGACGUGACCCUGCUCCGAUAAGUGCCCCCUGACCAACUUAUAGACCAAUCUCUACCUUAUCUUUAAACACCUCAUAUGGUACCUGAACAUUUUCAUAACAGUAUUUUCUUUUCAGUAUUGUGAUGUAUUACAGAAAAAAACAACCUCUUAAGUUUAUCAAAAUGUUUCGUCCUCCAAUGCUCAAUCUGAAAUGAAUACAACUUUUGUAGUUUGUCCUGCCUCAGGACAAGAAUACAUGUAUUUUAUGAAAUCAGAACCAGUCGAGAUUUUGAUGGUGAUUUUUCUUUUGUUUAAGUGGCGAGAUUUUUAAAAAUAGAUUUCAUAGACUGUUUAAGUUUUUGGUUCCCUCUUUUAAUAUGAUCCUAGAGAGCUUUUUAUGGCAAAUAUGGUAUAAAAGAAAGAGCCUGACAAGUGUUUCUUCUGGAACUGUUGCAUUGUUUUGCCGAUUUGUAUAUUAAAAACAGAACAUCCCAAAUAAAGUGUUGGUAUGUAUAUCA